AUGCCAAAGCCCGACAACAACUUCGAUGCCGAUGUCCUUGCCGGUCUAUGGGAGGACGCGCCAUUUGCGCGCUUGCCUCCCGAUGCGCCCCCCGAAUUGAAGGACAUGGUCCAGAACAUCGAGAACCCCAAGCGCGUCUACGCCAUCCACCGUGCCAGUCGCCGGCACAACUUCCAGAUCCUCGUCGAGAUAUACAUCCUCCAGCUGCGAUACGGCUGCGACUCCAAGACGUGUACGACAUCCACCUGCUUCUCCUGUCGCAAGCGCCUCGCUGGCAAGGCCCCCAUCAGACGAUACAACACCACCAGUGCGAGGACAUUAGCUGUCUACUUGGCGAGCCAGGACAACCCAGAAACAGGACUGUGCCCAGACCUCAAGCCGUCCAAGGAGCCACCAGCCGCCGUCAACUCGCUGAUAUUCUCACCAAACCCCGCUGCCCCCGCGUUUACCGAUCCAUUCUCGAAGCGGCCCUCUACCCCGAAGGAACCCCGCCGUCGGAAAUCAGGCUCUGCUGUUCGCGUGAACGGCGAAUGCAGCAAUUCCAACAAGGCUUCCACGGAUGCCGAGGGAAACAGUCGUCCGGGACCUGCCCACAAUGGACGGUCGCAUUUCGACUCCUCCACUGGCACCGCUCAAAUGCCCGUCAAGGUCACCGAGCGACCCAUCAGCAAAGACUACCGCUCUUUCGCCGCCAACGUGUUCGGUAGCGUUGCUUUCAAAAUGCUGGAAUGGCUCACUCCAGCUGGUCUGGACGCCAUGUCCCAGAAGGUUGCGGCACUCGAGGCCGACGCUGCGCCCAGUCCUGGCAGGGAGGAGUUUUUCAGAUCUCAAAAGCCGUCCGGACAGUCGACACCGAUUCAGGCGAUAUCGCCAGUGAUAUACGCCGAUACGAAGGAUCAGAACGACUUGCCGGAGCCAACGGUGGAACAAGGGCCAGACGCUGCCUUAGAGCAGGCCUCCGACAAGCUCCAUGCUUCGAACCCAACCAUGCCCAACUCGCGACCAGGCAAACCUAAGAGGAGCUCGAGUGCGAGAGUGCGUGCCAACUCAAAACCGAAAAGGAAACUGUCUAUCGAACCAUACCCGACGUCAUCGUAUUCGGAGGAUGUCACCUCGGGUCUAAUGUCUCCCAGGGUAAAUGGUAGUCAACACGAGAAGCCGCCUAGGCCGCCAAAAGCAUCACACAUCAACCCUUACGCUAUUCCGGAGAUUCCGUCAACACCAUCAUUCUUCGACAACGUCCCAUCACAAAACCGACCAGUCAUGGUUCAGGAACCAGAAUCAAUAUCUAAACCGGUUUUGACCAACGGAGAGGCUCCCUCUCAGGCACCAAAAGCGGAGCCUGAAAGUCCUCCGCAAACCGAGCCAGUCGGCACUGAGGCCCCUGCCGACGACUGCAAGAAGAUUGAAGAGCCUGUCGAGAUGUCGAUGGCCGACAGUCUGCUCCCGCAAUCCUUGACGUCUUUGAAUGUGGAGGUCGUCGACCUGUUAUGCGAUAUUCUGCAAGACGACGGCACCUCAGAAUUACACCUUCUGGAUCCUGCCAAGAUUACCAGCACAUACUCUGGACUCAAGGAUCGGCCAAAGAUGCAAAGGAAACGGACAUCUCGGGGUAACUACCCAAAGCGAUUGCGGAGGCAGUGGAAGUUAUUCAUCGAGCAGACCCUGUUCAACAUCCUCAGCGACCCGCAAAGCCUCGUCUCAUCCUUUGUCAAGGACGAUGAACUUCUGGACUCUCAUACUAUCUGGUACUGCAUGUUGCGACUUACCCGUGUCGCUCCCAGCCUAGUCUUCCACAGCUUGUGGCUGGCCGCUGGUAGUCUCUUUGGCGCGCCAAAAUCGCUUCAGUCGCUUCGUUCUCCUACCACAAGAGUCUUUCGUCGCGAGCGAUCACUUGCCAAUGUGGAGGCGGGCCAGCUUUUGUCAAUCUGCUUGCAUGCUCUGGUUGCGGCAGCUCCGUUGAUCACCGAUUCAAGGACACUCUUUGAUAUGUCUCGUAUCCGGUCCAACGGCCUCACUCUGGCUGGAAGUGGUGCUCUGGCACGGCAGCCAGCUUGGCUUUGCCUUCUCUACGAUGAUGCCUUCUCGAAUGACCUUGCUCUGAGGCUAGCGAGAAGAUUGUUCGCAGCGAUCUCAGCUCGCAAAUGUUUCGCAGAAAUGGUUGCUCAGGAUGACGAUAUUGAUGACGACGAUCAGGAACUGGAUGCUCUGCGACCUCUGCUUACGCAGUUGGAUUCUCUCAACGGAGACUUGGCAUCAAAUCCCGAGCUGGAACAACUUGAACGAGCCGGACAUGAGACCAGGGUUUCUACUCUGCUUUUGGAUUGGGCCAAGACAGUGCUGCUCCAGGAAUGGGAUGGCAAGCCGGAAAUCUCUUGCGACGGCUCUUUUGGCGGAGCCUUGUCGCUCAUUGCCGCCAUGUAUCAAAAACGACAGUCCCUUCUAAUUGGAGACGCCCACUUUCGAGUGGAUUAUUUCGCCGACAGGCUGGACUCAAUCAACAUGCCAGUUGCCUGGCUCUCCCAUACAUCCCACAGACAAAAGAAGCACCUUCUGGACUUUCCCUUCAUCUUCGACCCAUCGACGCUGGUUUCUUACUUCCGAUCGAUUAACUUCUCAAAGAUGAGCCGAAGCUACGAAGAAUCAAGUUCUCUUCAGACGAGGAUGAAGGCGAUAGUUGCGCCUGGCGGCCUCAUCACCAAUCCUCAUCACAAAUUGGUCUUGCAAGAUCUUCUCAAGACGGCGUCUUCAAAGUACCUAAUUCUCGAGAUCAGCCGUAAGCAUGUCAUCAGAGACGCAUUCGAUCAGUUGUGGCAACGCGAGGACCGAGAGCUUCACAGACCAUUGAAGAUUCAUCUUGGUGAGGAAGGUGGCGAGGAGGGCUUUGAUUCUGGUGGUGUCCAGCAGGAGUUCUUCAGACUUGCAGUGGCCGAGUGUCUCAACCCGGACUACGGCGCCUUCACAGUCGACGAGCGAACGCGUAUGGCCUGGUUCGUCCCCGGCUCCAUCGUACCUGUGUGGAAGUUCGAAAUCCUGGGCUUGCUCAUGUCACUGGCCGUAUACAACGGCCUGACGCUGCCAGUCACGUUUCCCAAGGUUCUUUACCGCAAGCUUCUGGGUGAACCCGUUGACGAGUUGUAUCACAUCGCCGACGGUUGGCCAGACCUUGCCAUGGGCCUCACGACUCUUCUGGAGUGGGACGAGAACAACGGAGCUGUGGAGGACAUCUUCGCACGCACCUAUGAGUUCUCGGUAUCCAUGUUUGGACAGCCCGUGUCAAGAGAGAUGGACGCCAAGGCUAGCAGCUGGCCGCAGUUUGACGCAACCGCGAGGAAAUCACUCACAAGCGAAAAUCCUGAGGACGCCCCUCUGGUCACCAACGAAAACAGAAACGCCUACGUGAGCGACUACAUCAGAUACCUCACAGACGUCUCUGUUCGCCCACAAUACAAGGCGUUUGAGCGUGGCUUCCGCGCUUGCCUACACCCGAAGGCAUUGCAACUGUUGACACCGUCACUCCUCCAGUCUCUGGUUGAAGGUGUCCAGGAGAUUGACGUUAGCGAGCUGCGCCGUUACGCUAGAUAUGUCGGCUGGGACAACAGCCACCGCAGUGUCCGCGACUUCUGGUCGAUCGUUAAACGCUAUGAUGAGAAGAUGAAGAGGAAGCUACUGGAGUUUGUCACAGCAUCGGAUCGUGUCCCGGUGGGAGGCAUGAAGAACUUGCAAUUUGUCGUGCAGAGGAACGGAGAGGAGGAGGGCGAGGGCGGACAUUUACCCACAGCGUACACAUGUUACGGCACAUUACUGCUGCCCGAGUACAAAGACAAGGAAGUCCUGAGAGAGAGGCUUUCUAUGGCAUUGGAGAAUGCGCAGGGCUUUGGUUUUGCUUAA